AUGUUUACUUUUAUUAAUAAAAGAAUUACGCGGCUUUUAGUUCAUAAUUUAACAAGUAUUGUUCAAAAACGCAACAUUUAUAUUCCUGCUAUUGUGUUUCUCUCAAAUUUAGAUGUGAAUAAAAAGGGAAUUAUUCUCCCGCAAUUAAAAUUCAACGAAUCAAAAGAGAUAUCUGAAGAUGCCGACAGUGCAUGGAGGUUAAAUUUAGAUGAUGAUUUUAAAAGUAUGUCAGAAAACGAUAUUUUGAAAGCGUUUGAGGCAUUGAGUUACCAUUGUGCUGCUACAAAUUCAUUAAUAUCAGAUGAUAAAUAUGAUAAAAUCAUCUAUAAUAUCAUUGCAAAAGCUGACAAUUUCAACAAUGAACAAAUUAUUAAAGUGUUAAAAGAUCUAAAAAGGUUUCCAAAAUGCGCAGACAGACGUGACAAAAACUAUUACGAACUAUGGAUGACAUUAGAUGAUAUUUGCUGCAAUCGUUCACCAGAUUGGGAUUACAAAGCUUUGUUUAAAAUGUGCGAGCUAUGGAAGAGUUUAUCAUUAGCUCAUUAUUGUAGUUUUUUAUGGGCAAAAGCUGUACCAAAAAUAUUAAGAAAACUUCACAGAUUAACACCAGAAGAGCUGGCUCUAGCAAUGAUGUAUCUGUCAAUGUGCAAAUUAGACAUUUCUUUAGUUGAUGUUGAAAUAAGAGUCAAAGAAGUGUUUGAUAGUUUAAAUACUCAAGAAAUAAGUCAUGUUUGUCAAGGAUACCAAAAAUUGAAUAAAACUAUCAAAUGCAAUCACCUCAUUGGUAGAAUUUAUGAUGUGCUAAUUGUUGAAAUCGAUACAAUUCCUGAAACUUCACUAAAGGUCAUCUUAAAAGUUCUUCGUAGAUCAGCAAAUCCUUGUCACAUUCCAAAGAUUAAAACGCUCUUGGAAAAAGUACAGAAACGAAUCAACAAUCUCCACAUCGAAUCUUGCAUUCAACUUUUCGUACAUGGAUCCUACAUUUACUACUCCCCCGAUGAUUUAAUUGAAAUUCUCUUAAGAAGAUUCACAAAUGAAAUGAAUGAUUUGAAACUACCUGAAUUAGCUGAUAUUUCUCAUGUUUUAUAUAUCUUAGACAUGGAAACCGAAUCAGGAGUUGAAAAAGAAUUUUUAGAAAAACUUUCUCAAAAGCUGAAACUUCGUGAAAAGGAAAUUCUACAAAACCCAAGAGAUUUAGUGUCGAUCGCUCAAAAUCUUUCAAUGUGUGGAUUUUAUGAUUUGGAAGUUAUCGAGCUCAUUUUAAAAGAAAAGUUUAUUAAAUUUGCUUAUGGUGACAACAUUAGAGCUAUAAGUCGUGAUGUUUUAAGCCUCGAUGUAUUUGCACAAAUCAAUCUAAAAGAUACUUACAAAGGACCGAAACUAGAUGACAGAACAAGGAGAAUUAUUGCCAAGUACAACACGUUUUACGUUCCAAUAAGAGAAGAAUUCUUCAGAAAGACAAAACUCGAUUUCUUUACUUUAGAGGUGAAAGAAUUCAUGGAGCAAAUAUUUGGAUUUAAUUUUGUAACACAUAUUCUGCCUCACUUUCCGCAAUCUGAUAUAAUUUAUUGUUUCGAUGAACAUGGAAAAUCAGUGACUGAUUGUUUAGUUUUUCCACCGUUUUAUCAAGGCAAAAUAUUGUCGAAGGAAUUUCUUUUAUCGGAAAAGGCAGAAUUUGGAGACAAUAUAAAUAAAUUUUCUUUACUUGCUGUUAUUAUUGUUGGAAACAAUUCCCAUCUUAAAGGUUCUCUUAAACCAACAGGAGCGCUUCAAAUGAAAAUUCAACAACUACAAAAAAUUGGUUUUAAAUCACUUUUGAUAUAUUGGAAUGAGUGGAAUCGACACACCAAAAUAGAAAACGAAGAAAAAAUCAGAAAAAAAAUCGACAAACUUUUGAAUACGGAAGUUUAUACAUAGUAGUUCAAUGAUUGAUUAGUUAGAUAAUUGUUGUGUGAUUACUCGUUUAAAAAGUAAAUUAGAAUAAAAAUUUCAAAGACGUUUCAUUACAAAUGUAGAUA